UGAGUCUCAGUCCAGGUCAGUGAUGCUCCACCAUCAGGACCAGCCUCUGAACUCGGCCUUCGGAGGCUCCAACAGCUCCUCGUCUUCGCUGCGGAACCGGAAGGCCGACAAAGACGGAAACUUCAACUUCCUGCCGGGAAAAGAUGGCGACAGCUUCACGGGAAACGGAGGCGGAGAUGAGAACCGGAACCAGGUGCGACCCCGUAACCUGGGCCCACUGGGUCGGGACCCCCCGAGCUCCUCGCCGUCCUCCGGCUACCACCACAACUCGGGGCUGCUGUCGCCUCGGUCCCGCCUGCCCUGCUGGAGCCCGCUGGAACCGCUGCCCGAGAUUGAGAGCGGAGACGACGGCUACGGCCGAGUGCCGCCCGACGGCGCCGAGGAGCGCCGCAUGGAGGAGGAGGAGGGCCGGGCCAUGAUGGGCCGCGGCGAGGAGAAGCUGAGGGAGAAGAGGGAGCAGCAGAGGAGGAAGAGCUUCAGGAGGCAGGAGGACGAGCAGGAGGACGACGACGAGUGGGGCGACAGCGACUCCGAGUCCGAGUUCAGCUUCCGGUCCGGAGGCAGCAUGUCCGACCUCAACAUGGAGAGCGGCGGCGAGGGGAUGCUGAUGGGAGGCUGGGACCGCAUCGGGGUCGGAGAACCGAAGUCCAGCCACCAGGACGGAGACCCGAACAGCAACGAGCCCAGACGGAGGAGCGUUAGCCGGAAGUGUCUGCCGGGGAGCAGCCUGGGCGACGUCCUGGAGGAGGGCGGCGAGGACGACGACGACCGGUCCUCGGACUCGGACUGCGACCUGCCGGAGCUGAUGGAUGCCGUGUGGACGCUGCGGGACCGCGAGCGCUUCAAGGCCCAGGAGAUGGAGAAGCACCAGGUGCAGCUGACCAUGUACCGGCGGCUGGCGUUGAUCCGCUGGGUCCGAACCCUGCAGGGCCGCGUCCAGGAGCAGCAGAACCGUCUGCAGUCCAGCUUCGACGUCAUCCUCACGCACCGGAAGGAGCUGCUGCGGAUGGGAGCCGCCGCCGCCAUGUCGGCCGCCGCCGCGCCCGCCGCCACCGCCGUCGGCCAAUCGUAGACGAGAAAACUGGAAACUGCACUUUGGCUCCGUUUGCUUCGACCCAGAAAACUUUUCUCCUGAAAGAACUCGAGCUGCGUUCC